AUGAGUACACCCUUGGAUGGCUAUGAGAUGGCCGAUGACGACACUGUACAGAAUGACAUCAACAGAGCUGUCAAGAAGAAGAUGUCGUCCAGUUUUUCACCAGGCAUUUUGCCACGCAAGAAGAAGCCGAAGGUUUCAGAGGAGUCAGAAGAUCCCGGAGAAGGUCUGCGACUCAGCAAGGAGGAGACUGCAUUUCUUGUUGCGGAAGCCGAGACCUAUGUGGAGGAGUAUGAGGAGCUCUUUCACAGUGUCGUGGCCCACCAACAGAAGGAACCCUUCAAGGUGAUGGAGAUCUGCUGUGAGGAGAACAGUGGUAUCACGAAGGCAGUAGAAGCUCUUGGAGGAAAAGGUAUAAGGUGUGGUCUCUUCAAUGGCUGCGACCUCAACAAGAAUGCAGGCUUCAACAAGGUAGUCAAGAUGUUGCGCGAUGAGAAGCCAGAUCUGCUUUGGAUCUCACUGCCGUGUGGUCCAACCAGCAACAUCCAGGAACUCAACAUGCUCACCCCUGAAGGCUUCAACAAGGUGCAGGAGAAGGUGAGAAAAUCGAAGAGACUUGCAGCUCGUGCAGUACAUCUGAUGGAGAUGCAGGUGGCAGAGAAACGGGAUGUUGGCCAAGAAUGGCCGCGCUACAACAAGGCUUGGCAGUUCAGGUCCAUACAGGGCUUCUGGAGAAGCGUGACAACGUAUGAGGCUGCAGUGGAUGGCUGCGCCUAUGGACUACGAACUGACGAAGGCCUGAUGAAGAAACCCUGGAGGGUGAAAUGCACUUCAAAGAACAUCUGGCAACUGCAGCGCCUGUGCACUUGCGAAGAGCCGCAUGUUCCAUGUGAAGGAGGCAAUAGGACGAGAGCAUCAGCGCUCUAUCCAAAGGCUAUGUGUCAACAGGUGGCCAGGAUUGUCAAGAAGAUUCACGAAGAACAAGAGCAACAAGUCUUUGCUGCGCAGGAUUCUUCUGACAACGAUCCUGAAUGCCUCAAGCAGUUCACUGACCAGGAGUUGAUGAGAGUGGCCAAGGAACUGAUGAGUCUUCACAAGAAACUGGGACACCCCAGUCGACAAGCCUUUGUGAAGAUGCUACGUGACAGAGGAGCGUCUUCAAUGGUGAGAACCAUAGCCUCCAACAUGAAGUGCAUGGACUGUGAAGAAUCCCUGAUGCCACCAGCACGCCGAGCUGUGACCCUGGAGCAUGGAACCCAGCUUUGGGAAGUGUUGCAAGUCGACAACAUGGAGUUCACUGUCGACGACACGACCUACCACUUCCAAGUCUUGGUGGACGAGGCUUCAGGCUACGGGGCAGCAAACUUCUUCUUUUCUCAUCCUGCCCGAGAAAGCCGCUGCCCAACUGGCAUGGAAGUUCUUCAACAUCUACAUCAAGGCUGGAUCCAGUACUUCGGAUACCCACGAUGCAUCAAGCUGGACAAGGAGGGUGCCCAUCGCAGCAAGCAGCUGGAUGAAUGGGCAGAAGCUCAUGGAGUUGAACUUGAAGGAAUCCCUGCCGAAGCACAUGGACAGAUUGGAAAGGUCGAGAGGCUGAUUGGCACUUUGAAGAGGAAGUUGUUGGCUCAACUGAGAUCUUCAUCAGCACCGCCAGAACUGGCAACAUGGGCCAUGGUGGCAGCACAUAACACCAUGUCCAAUAUUGGUGGCUACAGUCCUAUGCAAUGGGUAUUUGGUCGCAAUCCCACUGAUGGCGAUCGACUCCAUGAUGGACCCGAUCUUCCCUACUGGGCUGGAAUGUCAUCAGAGGAGAAGAUGCGACAACGUCCUCAACUGCGACUUGAUGCCGGACAGAAGCACCAAGAGUUCACGCUGAACGAGAAGAUCAAACAGGCCAACAACACCAGGAUGCCCAACUUGGUGAACUACCACCCGGGCGAUCUUGUCUUCUACAAGCGCUACCAGCCACCUCAAGACAAACAAGAACGUUCUCACAUUCCACUUGAUAUUCCACGGAGGCGGGUGGCUCGUUGGUAUGGUCCUGCAAGAGUGCUGGCCCUUGAGACCAGAGUCACCUAUGAUGGAGAUGGACGAUCUCCCAAGCAGAUCGCUUGGAUCAUUGCCUCUGGAAGACUGAAGCGGGUGACUUCACAACAACUUCGCUUUGCUUCAGAACGAGAACGUGUCGUUGCAGAAUCUUCCAGCUCUACUUUGGCUACACCAUGGACGUUUGGAGACCUGACAUCGCUGAUCAACAAAGGAGAGUUUGAUGAUGUGACCAUGACCCACAAACAAAUGGUCAGAGACACACAGAAGAAGCGAGCCGGUCCCAUUACGUCUGGAAUUGAUCGCUCUGGACAACAGAAGCGGAUCUUGGAGGAAGAGCAGGAAGAAGAGGAUGCAAUGUCAACGGGGCAUGGCGAGAAUAAGAUGCCACGCCUUGAGGAUGAGCAAGCUGAGGAGUCCGAUGGCUAUACACCAUCAAUUGCUGACACUGUCAAGGACGAUGUUGACAUCGACCGCAUGAUCAACGACCCAGAGUAUAUGCCAUUUUCUUCACAGAGCUCAGGUCCUUUAUUUCAACAUCCUCAGUUCUUGGAGGCACGUCGCCGCCAUGAACAACUGGAACGACCUCACCAUGUGCAAAGAGGAGAAUUCCUACGACAUGGAGAAGUUCCAGGUUCUACAGGAGCGCAUCACGCUCUCUAUAUGGAUGUGGAUGAGACCUUGCCUGCCGGUGACUUCGAGGAUUUGGUUUUCGCCGUCACCAUCCCCGCUCCAAAGAAUGAGGACGAGUGGCGGGCAAUUGUGAAGGACCCUAGUCGCUUUGUGGCGAAGAAGGUGGCGAAAGGUGUCGAAGUGAGUUGGCAGAAGCUGAAUGUACAACAACGUUCAGCCAUGACAGAAGCAAAAGCCUUGGAGAUCAAUGAGUGGCUGACUUCACGUGUCUGUGAGGGAGCAAUUGGCAAAGUACCACAGGAUCGGCUGAUGAAGAUGAGAUGGGUGCUGACGUUCAAGAGCACCGAAGAUCCUGGAACCCUCAAAGCAAAAGCACGUCUGGUCGUGCUGGGCUUUACAGACCCGGACGUUGGAUUGGUCAAUGUCCGAAGUCCUACCCUCAGUCGCCGUGGUCGACAAUUGAUGCUCCAGGCUACCAGUCUGAACAACUGGGGCUUUCUGAAAGCUGAUGCAAAAGCUGCUUUCUUACAAGGUGGUCCUACGCAAAGUGUCAGGAACAUCUACGGCAGACCGGUCAAGGAGCUGAAGGAAGCACUUCAACUUGAAGAGGAUCAAGCGGUGAAGUUUCUGAAGUCCGCCUAUGGGCUGACUGUGGCACCUAGAGACUUUUACCUCUACGUGGCCGAGAUCCUCAACAAGCUGAAACUUUCCAGACUGCAAACGGAACCAUGUAUCUGGCGACUACGAGCUCCAGAUCCUCAAACCCAAGAUCUACGAACGAUUGGUCUUGUGGGAGUGCACGUGGACGACUUCCUACUCUGCGGAGAUGAGAAGCAUCCAGCAUGGGUGCAGUUCUUGGAAGACUUCCACAAGUCCAUGAAGUGGAGCCCCUGGGAAACACCGCCUCUGGUGCACUGUGGUGUCCAAAUUGAGGAGACCUACCACAACGGCCUCCCUGGUUGGUUCUUACACCAGAAGGAUUUCUGCAGUGGCACUGGACAGGUGAUUGAGGACGGCACCACCAAGGACCUAACGGAAUCCGAACGACACCAAUGCCGCGCUGUCCUUGGGGCCGCCCAAUGGAGAGUCUACCAGACCGCUCCCCACCAUGCUGCCAAGCUAAGCCAUUUGCAGAGCGUUCUGCCCAAGGCCGACCGGAAGAUCAUCGCCGAGGUCAACAAAUUUGUGAGGGAGAUCUUUGGCCAGAAAGACAUUGGCCUGAACAUCUACGACCUCCAAGCACAAGAUCCAGAUGAUCUGGUGGCUGUGGCGUGGUCCGACGCUGCAUUGGCCAACAGGGUUGACCUUACAAGUACUGGUGGCAUGCUGAUCGGCUUCGUUCACCGCCGCAUGGUUGAUGAAGGACAACGUGGCCCUGUGAACGUGAUCAGUUGGGGCAGCUCUAAGCUGCGCAGGGUAUGCCGCUCAAGUCUGGCAGCUGAAACUCAGGCACUGGCCGAGGCGGAGCAGGAGCUGAUGUUCGUCCGCAUUCAAUGGCGGGAGAUCCUAGGCGACGAGGUGAUCCUUCAGGACCCAGCCGAGACGGCCAAGAAGGUUCGCGGAGUUUUGGUCACCGAUGCCAAAGCCCUUUAUGAUGCAGUUCUUCAAGGAGAUCUGCCUUCCUUCAACGCGAAGGACAAGUACUCGGCUUUGGAACUGCUGGUUCUUACCCAAAACCUGGAGAAGCAGCAAACGAGCUUAAGAUGGGUGAACAGCUCUCAGCAGCUGGCUGAUGGCUUAACGAAACCAUCUGCUCAAGAUGCUCUUCGUGCCUUCCUAGCAGGUGGACAGCAGUGGAACAUCUUGCACGAUGAGACGUUCACUGCGGCGAAGAAGGUGCACAAGAAGCUGGCGACCAACACUGAGGAUGAGGGGUCAAAAGGACCCGGAGACCCAACGUGGCUCGACCUUGUAGUUCCAGCGCGACGUGUGACCACGGGGCAUGUGAGUUUGACAGCUUCAGGAGCUCCUUUGGCCAAUAGCGGCUGUAGCCAUAUCGCUGUGGCAUUAGCUGCGCUGACUGGCCGGACUGGGCCAAGCCGAGG